AUGACUUCAAUAUCUGGCGACGGGCCUCGCUUUGCAACCGUUACAGACGACGACUAUGGCGGCGUGGUCUGGACCGUGUCGAUUCUCUGCGGAAUCUACUCGAUCUUGACCAUGGCAUUGAGAGGUUAUAUCAAACGGAGAACUUGGGGCCCAGACGAUUGGCUUGCUGGGGCGGCGACUUUGAUGUCUCUGGCCCAAUACAUCGCCGUUUGGGUGUCGACGUCCAAGGGACUGGGAAGAUCCUAUAAACACCUCACAGCGUCGCAGGUAUCGACCAUCGGGAGGGCGGUGCUUGCUGGUGAAAUCUUCUUCAUUAUAUCUUUGACUUUAGCCAAGGCAUCGGUGACCCUACUCAUCCGACGACUAUUCUCCAUCAACAUGCGAAAACGGUCCCUUGUAUGCGACAUUCUCCUGGGUAUAUGUGCUGUCUGGGGCCUGGCGUCCAUUUUGAUUAUUGCAAUCGACUGCCCUCUGCUCUCUUUGAUGGGCUACCAAGGCCAGUUCUGCGCGAAUUUUGUUCCUCGCUGGGAAGCUAUUGGGAUACUCGACGCUCUGACCGAGGUGGCCAUGGUAGCGAUGGUUCUUGCUCUUCUUUGGGGAUUGAAAAUGAAACCGGGCAGGAAGACGCAAAUUGUGGCAGCAUUCGCCUUCCGACUUGGUAUCAUCUCCUUCGCCGCGGUCCAUGUCUGGGACCAGAGGAAUUUCACCGUGCGACCAAACACCGGCGUCCGACUUGCGGCACCCAUUGUUUUCCAACAAAUCGAGCUUUGCUACUCUCUCCUGUCUUGCACCAUUCCCAACCUGAAGAGCUUCCUCCUCAACUUUGAUACCACCAUCGGCAUGACGCUCGACCCCGCGACCACGAGAUCGUACGGUGUAACAAACCCCCAUUCCGCGACUACGUCUUUUCGCAUGAAGCCGCUGAGGUCCCGGAAUGGCGACAAGACACCGGGCUCGGGAGCAGCACCGCUCUUCCGGCCGGAUGAGGUUGAAUACAAUGCCACCGUCAGCCGAAACGAUCCGCCUAAUAUGAAUGAAGCGGCCUCGUCUAUUUCCAGAGACAACCAGUCGGACCGGAGCAAGGGUAGUCAAGAGAUGAUCAUCCGCAGAGAAGUUGCCUGGACUGUUCACCAAGACUGA